AUGUUCGCGGAUCGUGUUGAUAAUAGAAGCACGUUAAAGAUCGCUGAAGUGCCUCGUAACCUCCCGAGCGAAUAUGUUUGGAGCGGGGAGCGCCGGCGGAGGUGCGAUACGAUUCACAGACUCCGUCGCGUUCCAGGAUCAGACGCACUCACACAGACGCCCGCGCACCGACAGCACGGGGUGGGGGGUGUGUGGGGUGACGCACACAAGGGUGGUUUUCGGCGCGGCGGCGCUCCGUGGGCGCGGAGGGUGAACGGCCUACCCUUCGACCUUCAGACUGGGGGGGCGGCGGGCGGCCGUCUCGGAAACACCCCCAGCAAUCACGCGGGGCGGUCGGGUUGUGUGGGAAAAUUUGUCAAGCGCUGGGAACCCGGGCUGUUCGUUCAUAUGUAUAUAUAUAUAUAUAGUUGUCUAGACGAGGGCGCGUGUGUGCGCGCGUCGAGCCUGUGUGCCGUUGGCGAGCGCUGCCCGUGUGUGUGCGCGUCGGUGUAUAGGCGCCGCGUCGGUAUACGGGUGCGCGUGUUCUACGAGCCAGUUGGCGGAACAGGUUCAGACGGGGCCGCGGCGGCUGGGCGGACGGCGCGUCCGGGGCGGGCGUCGAACCCGCUGCCUCCCCGCCCGCGCGCUUUCACGGCGGAUCCGCCGGGAUGGCAUAACCUCGGCGGUCGCGCCGGGGUCGUGGGGGAUUUCGUCUACGUGUUGCAA